UUGGACGAGGAAAGCGAUCGAUCGACCUUCUCCAGUCUUGCAUAGCGCCAUCUUGGUUUGUCCCCUAGCCAGUUAGCCAUCAUGACAUCCAAUCCUUCCAAUGCUCCCGCAACGACAGACAGACCAGCAACAAAUGUUCAUAAACCGGAUUAUGAGAAAGAUGUCGUGUAUCUUUAUCAGUUCACCCGUUGUCCAACUUUGCCUUCUGCGUCGCCGUUUUGUUUUAAGGUGGAGACAUGGUUGAGAAUGGCUGGGAUUAAGUACGAGAAUAUCGACCAUAAAAUGAAAUAUAAAUCGAAAAAGGGACGUCUUCCUUUCGUCGAAUUGAAUGGAGUCGAAAUUGCAGAUUCAGAUAUUAUCAUCAAAGAACUGAGCAAACACUUUGAUAAAGAUUUGGAUGCUGACCUGAGUGCUGAUCAGAGAAACAUCAGUCAUGCCUUUAUUUCCAUGCUCAACAAUCAUACGAGCUGGGUGAUGCGUUGGUGGAGAUAUAGUCAUCCAGGUGACUUCCUAAAGGCUGCUCAAUUGGAUAUCAAACGAACUCUCAACUCAAAGCUUCCUAAAGGUCUUUUACAAUUUUUCUUCAAACUCGGUUUUAAAAGCAACAUUAAACGAACUGUUGGACACGGUUUGGGCCGUCAUACCCCUGAGGAGAUUUAUGAAUUUGGAAAAUCUGAUUUGAAAGCACUGAGUGAACUACUGGAUGAUAAAACAUAUUUUUUCGGCGACGAACCCCAUUUGCUGGAUUGCGUGGCUUUCGCUCAUUUGUGCCAAUUUAUUUACGUCCCCUUUGGUGGCAUCAAAGAAUACAUGGAGACAGAUUGCCCGAACUUAUUGAAGUUCGUGCACUGUAUGAAAGAACGGUACUGGCCUGACUGGGAUGAAAUGUGCAAGACUUUAGAACUAAACACCCAUUUACCUAAGAAAAUAGAAGAGGCACCAAAGGAAGAGGAGAAGGAAGAGAAACCAGCCGAAGAAGAAACCAAGAAAGAAGCAGAAGACAAAGUGGAUAAAGAACAACCAGAAGAGAUCAAAGAGGCUGAUAAAACGACCGAAGACGAGAAGCCCAGCAAAGAUGGCGAAGAGUAAACAAGACCAUUUGUUAAUUCACUACAUUAACAACCUUUUUCCUGGCAAAAAAACAACAGUUUUGAUGUUUCUAUUGCUUGUUAGUGUUGUGCGGAACUGUUUAAAUGGUGUAAAAUCCCCCAAAAAAGUUGACGUUGUGUAAAAUUAUGUUUUAGGUAUUGUAAUCAUUAAGACGGUUCGACGCAGCUGAGGUGGAUGACGGUUAGCCAUAUUAAAUCAACAAGCUGCAGGUUGGAGCAUAUAAAAUCGAAGAUACUAAACAAAGCGGCUCAACUUUAUAUAAUUAUUAAUAAUAAAUGAUUCGAAAUAAUUAAAAAAAAUGGCUUCCGUCAGCUGCUAACAGCUACGUAAAUCUUUUUCCAAAAAAAAAAAGAAUUCAUCAACUGCAUAUCAUUAAAUUAUUGGUCGAUAUCGUCACAUCUUUAACUGUAUUAAUUAAA